GUUGUAUAGCAAUAAAAAUUUACCAUGUUCAUAAAAAUUUGAAAUUUUGAAUUUUGCCUGAAUGCUCAAGAAGAAGAAGGAUUUGACAUUUGUUAUGUCGUUUUCGCGCCUCUUGUGCGGCAUUUUACAUCCUCCUUUUUUGUAUAGUGCAAAUUGUGUCCGGCAAAUAUUUUUCAGAUUGCAGGAAAGUAAGUUUGCUAGUUCAAAAUAUAAAACUAAAAUCAUAGUAUAUAAUUUUGAACCAACAAGUAUUGCUAAACGCUACCAAGGAAAUUUUCCGCUAAUAAUUCCGUUGCAAUUAUUACGAAGUGAAGCAAGAAUGGCAAAGUUAGCUAAAGUGGUUGAAGGACAAAAGCCACUGGACAAUGGUAAUGAAGAAGGUGUUGUGUCUUCGUCAAGCGGAUUUUUGAGUGGUGAUGAAGACCCUGUAAUUUCCACUAAGGGUAAAGGACGCGGCCGUAAAGCUAAAAAAGAGGCGGUUAAAGAAGUAGACAUCAUACCGCCAGAAAAUGCAGAAAAAAUUGUAAAAGCCGUUGCCACCGUCAGAGGACGCAAAAAGUUAUCAAAUGAUGAGGAAAUAUCAAAUGCUAUAAAUUCUUUGGACUAUGAUACGAAAGUUGCGAAAAAGCCAGCUACAACAACUAAAGGUCGUGGCAAGAAAACUGCUACAGAGGAGCUCUCACAAGCGGUGGCGAAUAUCAGUGAAGAGACUAUGGAAGUUGUGGCACCAGCCAAACGAGGACGAAAAGCGGUGGCCGCAAAAAUUGUGAAAACGUCUGAUGACAAAAAUACAGAAAUUAAUGUAGCGCCGGCACCGAAGGGAAGAGGAAAAGGAAAAAAAAUUACUGCUGCAACUAUUGAUAUUGAGGAACCCAUUGCAGUCCUGUCAAUUGCUGAAGAGUCCAGCAGCAAACAAAAAAAGCAAAAAAAAUCGGGCAAUGAUAUUCUAAAAGAAAAAAGUGCCGAAACUGUACAGCUAGUAAAGGAGGAUAAAAAAAAGAAAAUUUCUAAGAGCACCAAAGUCAAAACGGAGCCAAUUGAAACAGACAACGAAGCAGAACCAGAAGCAAUUGUGGAUGCGAAGAAACCCAAGGCAAAAGGCAGACAGCCAAAACAAGAGGAAAUUGAACCAAACAAUGAACCAGAGACAAUUGUGGAAAAAGCAAAGUCAAAAGGCAGACAGCCAAAACAGGAACAAAAGGAGUUAGUUGUUAAAGAUUUAUUGGAAAAAUCGACGGAGAAACGUUCAAAAGGAAAGGCAGCUACUAAACGCAAAGCUACCAACAAGGACCCAGUUGCAGACAUUUUAAUUGAAAAAACUGCAGAAUUGAAUGUAGAGACGAAAGAGGAGGAUUUUAAACCCACCACUAAUAAAAUAUCCAAAAAAGAACCGAAGGAAAAGAAAGCGGCAAAGGAAACCAAACCUAGAGCAAGAGCAGCCAAAACUCAGAAAAAAAGCGCCGAGGAAGAAUUGGAAAAUGGUGUCACAGAAGAGGAUAAGAGACCCAAAGGUCGAAAGAGGGCUGCUGCCAUCGCUGACGAUGAUGAGGUCGAUGGAGCUAAGCCUACAAAAGCAAAGAAAGCAAAAGCGCCUUUAAUGAAUGCAACUACAACAAAAUACAAUAAAGAAGACUUCAUAUUGCCACCAAAAGAAGAUGGAGUAGAGCAAUUUAAUUUUAAAAUUUCUAGUUGGAAUGUGGCUGGAUUGCGUUCAUGGUUAAAUAAAGAUGGCUUACGCUUUUUGGAAUACGAAUCACCAGACAUUUUUUGCUUGCAGGAAAUUAAAUGCACCAUAGAUCAACUGCCGGAGGAAGUUGCCCGUAUACCAGGUUAUCAUCCCUAUUGGCUUUGCAUGCCCGGCGGAUAUGCAGGCGUGGCUAUAUAUUCGAAGAUUAUGCCCAUUAAUGUGGUAUAUGGCAUUGAUAAUGAAGAGUUUGACGAAGUUGGUCGCAUGAUUACAGCUGAGUAUGAAAAAUUCUUUCUGAUCAAUGUUUAUGUGCCAAAUUCUGGGCGGAAGCUGGUAAAUUUGGAGGCACGUAUGCGCUGGGAAAAACUCUUUCAGGAGUAUGUGAAACGUUUGGAUGCCAUAAAGCCUGUUGUCAUAUGCGGUGAUAUGAACGUAUCACAUCAGGCCAUAGAUUUGGCAAAUCCAAAAACCAAUACACGUAGUGCCGGUUUUACACAGGAGGAACGCGACAAAAUGUCUGAAUUAUUGGCACUUGGCUUUGUUGAUACAUUUAGACACUUGUAUCCGGAUCGCUUAGGUGCUUACACAUAUUGGACAUACAUGGCAAAUGCACGAUCGCGAAAUGUUGGCUGGCGCUUAGAUUAUUAUAUUGUUUCGGAACGUUUCACUAAACGAGUAGUGGAUAACUGUAUCCGUGCGCAGGUUAAGGGCAGCGACCACUGUCCAAUCACACUGUUUUUGAAAAUUUAAAUCGUACGUACUUUCCUAAUAUUUUUUUAUAAACGUUGAGUUAUUUGUCGACUUUCAUAUAUUUGUUUGAUAUUUAUGUUUGUUUCUUGUCAUUCCUUUAUCGUAAAACGUCACACCAUCAGUGCAUAUCACGCACACAUCACUUUAUGUUACUUAAAUUCAAAAUCAACCAUAUUAAAUAUAAUUUUGAUAUUAUUAUUUAUUUCAAUGAACUUUUCUAAUUCGAAGCUCAAAUCAUGCAUUCCUAUUAUUAAACAUAUUCGGUAUUCUCAAUUUGUGUAUUUUCGAAAAUCAAAACUUUAAUUAUUAAAGGAAAUCAUACCUAAAGAGGAAUAAUAAAUUUAAUUAAGCAAAAA